CAUCAUCUCUCUGUCACGGACCUGCUAAAUCUUUAUCUUUCAUCCCUGAGAAGAACUGCAUAGCCUGCAGCAAAUGUGGUCUAUCCGUUUUUUCCUAUCUGGCCUGCGUGCGUCGCAGGUAACACACAUCAGUUUUGGAUCGAAAUGCCUACCCGUGAUAGCAUUAUUUUCACAGUCCUUCAUGCAAGAACCUUGCAGCAAGAUGUUUUAGCAGCUUCUUCUUUUUUUUUUAGUUGGUUUGGAGUGCAUCCUUUUUAUACUAGCGUUUUCGGCAGAGCUCUCCCACGGGACGUCUUAUGCUCUCCGCCUCCGGGUGUUGAGAACGAGCAGCCUCUUAAACUCCAAGAAACAUGAGCUGCAAUAGUUGUACGUCGUAGCAUCAACUGAGGAAGCGCAUGCUCAAUAGUACUGCUGUGCACUAGAUAAAAGCUUUAGUGUAAAAGGUAAGAAACGACUUCAGAGCUUCACCGUCCGGAGAAAAGACGAAGGAUAGGGAAUAAACGGCCAAAUAAGGGGCGUUGCAGUUUUAUCCAAAUUGCAAUCUUAGGAUCAGUGUGAACAUCUUGUUGGACCUGUUGGAAUUUGCUAAUAUAUUUUACCUAUUGGAAAAACGCAAAAAA